AUGAGAAAUUCUCUGUUGAAUCGAUCCUCCAUUGAAUUUGAAAACGAAUUUGUUUGGCCAGAUACUAUUGGAAUUGGAAAUGAUGGAUACAUGUAUUUUGUUACUAAUAAUUUAUGUGAUUUUGUUCAAGAUUUUAUCUCAAAUUGGACGAAACCCAACUUUUUCAUUCAUCGAAGGUAUAUAGGCUUCAAUUCAUAUACAAAUGGUUGUGAAAAUAGCCACUUGGAACUUGGUGUUAAGGAAUGGGCUGUCAUUGGUACCUUACUUGCAGCAUGGUUAGUGGGCUUGGUUGCCAUUUUAGUAAUUGUAUUCAUCAUGAACCGACGAAAGAAGAAAAAACAAGGAAAUGCCUAUGCAUCACUACCAAAUAAUUAA